UGCCUCGGAAUAGCCAAGCUUAAAGCUGAGGACUUCACAAAGAUGAAGAUGAUGUUCUCGUCAGCUAAUCUAGUUCUCAAUGAUGCUGAGCAGCAGCAAAUCACAAACCCAAUUGCCAGGAAGUGGCUUGAUGACCUCCAAGAAGUGAUCUAUGAUAUACGGGACUUGAUGGAUAGGAUCGAAGCAGCUAAAAUUUAUGGCAACGUCGGACUUAAUGAGGAGAUAACGGAGAUCCUCAUCAAAUUAGAAAAUAUUGCCAAUCAAAAGAAUCAUCUUGGUUUGAAAUCUGGUGUUCAAAACACAAUUUUACCAAGACCACAAACAACUUCUUUAGUAGAAGAUUCUGGUGUUUAUGGCAGGGAUGCGGACAAAGAAACCAUCAUGGAGUUGUUGCUAUCAAAUGAAAUGAAUGGGAAAAAGAUAUUUGUAGGUAUGAGUGGGAUCGGGAAGACAGCUCUUGCUCAGCUUAUUUACAGUGAAAUUGAUAACAAGGUCAUGGAGAAACCUUUUGAUUUCAAAGCAUGGGUUUGUGUCACAAAUGAAUUUAGCAUUUUCAAAAUAACAAAGACAAUUGCUAAAAGAGUCAUUACUUCCCUUAAAUUUGAGGAUGACGACGACUUGGAUUUUAUUCAAGUUUAAUUAAAGAAGGCUCUGAUAAACAAAAAGUUUUUUAUUGUUCUUGAUGAUGUUUGGGUCGAGAAGUAUUCUCUAUGGAAUGUGUUCAUGAAGCCUUUUAGCCAUGGGGAAUAUGGAAGUAAAAUCAUUGUGACGACACAAAGUGAAAAAGUUGCUUCUAUGGUACAUGAUCUUCCACCUUAUCACUUAACAACUCUGUCGAGUGAUGCUUGUUGGAAUUUAUUUAAAAAAGUUGCCUUCAACAAUUCAAAUCCAAUUGUCCCUUCAGAAUUAGAAGAAAUUGGCAGAGAAAUCGUUGAGAAGUGUAAUGGUCAGCCUUUGGCAGUAAAGUCGCUUUGUAGUCUCUUACGCCAUCAAUCAAAUUCAAAAGAUUGGGAGAGCAUACGAGACAGUGACAUAUGGGAGCUUUCCCAAAAAAAUUGCAACAUUCUCCAUGCUCUUUGGUUGAGCUAUCAAUAUUUACCUUCACAUCUUAAGCAAUGUUUUGCUUACUGCUCAAUAUUUCCAAAAGGUUUUCAAUUUGCUAAAGAAGAUUUAAUCAAGCUUUGGAUGGCAGAAGACCUUUUGCAUCCCCAGAAAUCAAAGAGGACAGAGGAAGUUGGAGAAGAGUUUGUUCAUGACCUAUUGUCAAGAUCAUUAUUUAAAAAAUCAAUAAAACUGGAUAAAUCAGUUUGUCUUACAAUGCAUGAUCUUGUAAAUGAUUUAGCUACUUUUAUAGUUGGAGACCUUUGUUUAAGGUCAUAUUGCAGCAGCUUAAAUAAGGCUUCGAACAACAAAAUCCGUUAUUGGUCACAUCUUAAAGGAGAAAAUGACAAUUGCGAGAAGUUUGAGGGUUUGGUUGAAGCUAAGCAUUUACGAACUCUACUCUUAACAUCAACACGUCAUUUCACGGCAAAAUUGGAAUUGGCAAAUCUGUUGCCAUUGUUAACAUGCCUGAGAGUGUUGUCUUUAUAUAACACUUCUAUCACGGAGCUGCCUGAUUCAAUUGUGGAUUUGAAGCUUCUAAGGUACUUGAAUUUAUCUGGAACUAGAAUCAAAAAGAUCCUUAAUGGGGUUUGUACUCUGUACAAUUUGCAGACUCUACUUUUGCGAAAUUGUUCAGAGCUUUUUUUGUUGCCACCUGAGACGGUUAAUUUAACAAACUUGCGGCAUCUGGACAUUGAAUGCACAAGUAUAAAAGAGAUGCCAAAAGAAAUGGGUACUUUGAAAGAUUUGCAAACAUUAUCUACUUUUGUUCUGGGCAAAGAUAAUACCGUUGAGGAGUUGAAAAAUCUUCAAGAUUUGGGUGGAAGUCUUCAUAUUUUGCAGCUUGAGAAUGUGGUGAAAGUAGAAGAAGUCACAGCAGCCAGGUUAAAGGAUAUGAAGUACCUUACUGAGUUGGAAUUUGAAUGGAGCUUGAAGUCUGAUGGCGGCUCCCGAAACCAAAACCCUCAAGAGGUACUUGCUGGGCUUCAACCUCACACAAACAUCAAGGUAGUCAAGAUUAAGACGUGGAGAGGUAAAAAAUUUCCAAAUUGGGUGGGAGAUCAUUCAUUUUCUGGUUUAGAACACAUAGAGCUAUUGGGAUGUAUGAAUUGUGACUCAUUGCCGCCACUUGGGCAGCUUCCAUUCCUCAAACAACUUGUUAUUUGUCAAUUUACAGAAUUCUUGAAAAUAGGUGAUGAGCUAUACGGUGGUUCUGCAGAGGAUACGCCGUUUAGAUGCUUGGAACUCCUACAAAUUUCUCAAAUGCCGAAGUGCAAGGAGUGGUCACUUAGUGGAGGACAUUUCAAAGGUUCAUUCCCUAAGCUUAAGGAAAUUGUAUUGAAAGCUAGUCCAGACUUAACUGCAGAAUCUGCUUACCUAAGACUAUGGAAACCAUUGAAAUUAGUGGAUGCCACAAAAUAGAUCUGAAUUUGUCAGAAAGCAAUCGGUAUAAAUCACUUACAAAGGUACAUGGCUGCAUUUCAAUAAAAUCCAUUUUCCUAGACUGCUUCACAAACCUUAAUGAACUUCAUUUGGAAUGUAAGAAUCUGGAGUCCCUUGAACAAUCUUGCACUCAACUCUCCUUUUUGAGGUGCCUCAAGUUGACAAAAUGCCCGAAUUUUAAAAGGUUUCCACAAGGAGGAUUGAGUGCCCCCAACUUGAAAGAAUUUCAGAUCUGCUCUUGCAAAGAGUUGAGUUCACUGCCUCUUCCUUCGUCUCUGCAAACUUUGUUUAUAUCUGAAUGUCCGAAACUGGAGUCAUUUUCAGAAGAGAGAUUGCCCUCAAAUUUAAAACAACUUUCAAUUUGUGACUGCAGCAAGCUCUUCGAAGGCCGCUUGAACUGGAAUUUUCAAGGCCUUACCUCUCUUUCAACCUUAUACAUCUCCGACAUAGAUAAAGAGUUGCAUUCAUUUCCCGAGGACCAGCUACUGCCGAUCACUCUUACUAGUCUAAGCAUUGUAUGGUUUACCAAACUUGAGGAACUAAAUAGCAAUGCUCUUCAACAGCUCACCUCCCUCGAACAUCUGACAGUUUCUCACUGUGGUGAAAUAGAAUUCUUUCGUGUAAGGCUGCCCGACUCUGAUCGGAUUUUGGAUAUCACCGAGUCUAAAAAGCCAGAAGAUCUUUACAGCGAUGAAACAGGGGAUGAUCGGGAUAAGGUUUCUCACAUCCGUCAAAUAAUAACAACCAAAAAGCGGGAGAGCCAGCAAUGAUUCUGACCAUUCAUUUGCAUCAAGAUAUUCCUCUACAGUUCUUCUCCAAUUUUCAUCUAGUUCUGGUAUAUAUAUAUAUAUAUAUAUAAUUAUUCUGCACCAUUUCAUGUCCCCGCAUUUCCAUUUUAAUCGUUGGUUUGAUUUAUUUAUGUACUUCAUUUCAUGAUCAGUUUGACAAAUGGCCUAGCAAACAUUAUUAAGGACCAUGGAAAGUAGUAGGAGCAGAGGAGAUUCCGGAGACACUAUUUGUACCUAAAAAAGAUUCUAUAUAUACUUGCAGAGUUGUGCUUUCCUUUUGGGUGAGCUCUUAUGCAAACUGUUGUAAGGAACUGAGCAAUGUAUGAAAUGCAUCAGGCAGAGAAGAUUUACUAUGCACUAGUCAUGUUUACACUUGAUUUCUUCUGAAAAGGAUUGAGCAGAAUAUAUUGACUGGUUAUGCAUAGCCAUUAUUGCAUGAAAUUUAGUUUUUUAUUUCAUUAUACUAUGUGUCAUUUUGUUUUUCGUAAUGUUCUACUCACUUGGGAAAGCUAAUUUUCAUAACUUUGGUUGUUUGCAUAAAUACCCUCAUGACUUAAAAAUGUUCAUCGAUUAUCAUCUUUAAUUGAAUUAAGCCCUUUUUAACUUACAUUUGCAGGUUCCAAUAGUUACACCUCUUCAGGAAGUUCGAAAUAAGCUCUCUGGUUGAUCUUCUCCCUAAGAAAAUUUGGCUGUGGUUGAAGCAUCUUGAUUCUGCUGGCUGAGUCAGUUUUAAGCUUGUCGUUAACUCUUUCAGUUACUUAAUUAACUCAUUUAUUAUAUUGUUUUCUAUUUCAGUUGAAUUUUACUUAUGCAUGUGACUUUUGUGAAUAAUUUUAUUCCUAUAACAGUGCAGGCUGGACUUUCAUGGUGCUGGUGUAGAUCUUGGGAUGGACGCAAACCUAAUUUUCUUCUCUUUUCUGGGAAUUUUGGACAUUUCCUGGAUAUUUGUCUUUCUAAUUGUCAAAGUUGACCGGAAUGCAUAGGAAAUCAUGUAUUAUACAUAGUUUGACAAGCAACCUUAGCAAGCACAAAAGUAGUUUGAAAGCAAGGGAAUCCAAGGCGAUUAAUUCAGAAAAUUUCCUAAUAGUAUUUUGCAAGUGGCUACAAAUCCUAUGCUUCAUUCUGCUAAACAUUUAUAAUUGCAUUUUACUUCUGGUCCGAGUACUUGAGACAUAAUUAUAUGCACUAAUCAUGUUUCUACUUAAUUAGUGUCUUCAAUAAAACAUUAAGCAGUAAACACUGAAAAUUCAGCGCUAUCAUAUUCUGUUAAUAUGUAUAGGUUAAUUGGACCACUUGGACAAACAAAUACUGAUAAAUAUACACGACAUUCUGUUUUCAUAUUAUUAGAUGUGAAUGUGAAUGGAUAUCCACAUGAUAUGGAAUGAUGUUUUAUAUUUAUUUUUUAUAUAAUCAAAUUAAUCUUACUCAAUUACAUUUGCAGGUUCCUAUAUAUACUUGAAUAGCUACUUCAUGAGUUUGAUACAAGUUUUCUGACACUGGCGGCUGAAGUUUUUUGAUUGGGGAAGGCUAGCCCAAGAUUUUUCACAUCCCUUAAAUACAUUUCUAAUAAGACCAUUUUCUAAUUUUUUGAUGUUUUAUGAGGGUUUUUUAUCACAAGUCAUGUUUCUGGAUAGCUGUUUGGAUGCACAGAACUUAUGCUGUUAGAAUUUUUAUUUUUACUUUUUUUAAAAACUAUAUGAGUGUUAUUAACGCA